UCCUCCGGCCCCGCCCCCUCUGACGCCCUCCCAGCGAGCAGGCACGCCAGCGCCUCGCCCGGCCUCGCGUGCUGAAAGCUGCAGUGCUCUCACCGUGUCCCUUCACACAGCAGCGAUGUUCUCCUGCAGAGCGGCCUGGCAGAGGUGCGGACCCUUCGCACGGAGAGCAGCCUACGGGCUGCCCCGCGACGUUGUGCAGCGACGGUCAAUGUCCUCACUCCCUGGAGGCUCUGGGGAGAACAUAGUCUACGCCCUACUGUGUGGUGGAGCGUUUGUCGCUUCUGUGGCAUAUACCUACAGCACUGUGUCUUCAGACGCAGCCAGGUACAAUGACCGUCUCACGGAAAUCAACGCCAGACCCAAGACGGAGUGGGUACCUAAACCGUGGCCACCUAAGAGUAAGGAUGAUGAAGAGGGUGGAGAGGAGGAGGAGGAGGCAGCGGCAGUAGAGGAGGCAGCCGAUGGAGAGGCCGAGGUCGGGGAAACGGAGGCAGCUGCUGACAGCGAGCUGGAGGUCGUUGUGGAGGAAGUUGCCCAGGUAGUUGCAGAGGCCGCUGAAGCUGUGGCGGAGGUGGCGGAGGGCGUCGCAGAGGCCGCGCAGGAGGUGGAGAGCGUCGCAGAAGAAGUAGCCCAUGUGGCCGAAACUAUCGAGGAGGCCGCCGAGGCUGUCGCGGAACCGCCCCCUGUCGCUGCUGAGGACCCGGAAAGCAACGUGCUGCCGGCAGUUGCCUCUUGUGUAGAAGUACUGAAGACAGCUGAGGUAACGGACGAGUUGGCGCCAACUGAUGUUGAGGUCACACCCACUGAGGAGCCCCCAGCACCAGUAGAAGUACAGACUGUUGAUGAAAUCACUGCAGUUGAGGAGGCCACUAAACUGACAGAAGAGGCCCCUGCACCUGUGGUUGAGGAGGCUGCACCAGUGGUUGAAGAGGCCCCUGCACCAGUGGAGACUGCACCUGUGGAAGAGGAGUCUGCACCAGUGGUUGAGGAGGCCCCUGCACCAGUGGAGGCUGCACCAGUGGUUGAGGAGGCCCCUGCACCAGUGGAGGCUGCACCAGUGGUUGAGGAGGCCCCUGCAACAGUGGAGGUUGCACCAGUGGUUGAGGAGGCCCCUGCACCAGUGGAGGCUGCACCAGUGAUUGAGGAGGCCCCUGCACCAGUGGAAGCUGCACCAGUGGUUGAGGAGGCCCCUGCACCAGUGGAAGCUGCACCAGUGGUUGAGGAGGCCCCUGCACCAGUGGAAGCUGCACCAGUGGUUGAAGAGGCCCCUGCCCCAGUGUUUGAGGAGGCCCUGACACAAGUAGAGGCUGCCCCAGUUGUAGAAACCCCAACACCAGUAGAUGCUGUGCCAGUAGAAGAAACCUUGGCACUGGUUGUGGAGGCUCCUGCACCAGUGGAACCUGAAGUUCCCACGGCUCUAGAUGAGGAACCAGUCACUACCACAGCUGUAGAAGAAGUUGCAGUAGCCAGUGCUGUGGUGGAAGAAGCUGCCACUGCCGCCCCUGUGGAGUCCGUGGCUGAAGAGCCCAAGAAAGAGUACAUUGUUGUUGUACUGGAAGGAGCUCCUAAAGCAGAGAAGAGGCCAAAGGUGCUGGGAGUCGGGCCCAUGACUGGUAGAAUCAUCCCAGCUCCAGAUGAUGAUGCCUCUGAGGGUAGGCGACGUCUUCUUAGGAUGCAAAUGCAGUAGUUCCACUGAAGUAAACAGCUCCUGAAUGAUGACUAUCCCUCGUCCAGAAGAAGAGGAUGUGCCUUGGUCCAACACGUUCCCGUCGACCUUUUACUCAGAAACCCAAGGACCUGAUGUCACCGUUUCAAGACACACACAAGAGACGAUGUUUAGAUCAACGUGUUUCGUGGAAAAAGCCAUUCAUCUUCAUUAGCAGUGGUACAUCGCUGCGACACUCCACACCUAAAGAUGCUGAGGGGCCCAGUCAGUAGGUUCAAUAGAUCCCUGCUUGAUCUUCCUUCAGUAACCCCCUCUUGUAACUUCUGUGAACAUGUAGGUCUGUUCACAGAUGUGGACAUAACUGAGCCAUUCAAUCUCCCCCCUUUUUCUGAAUGUUACAGUUUAUUCCUUCAAACAUCCAGUGGAAAACCUUAGUUCUCGCAACCACUCCCUGUUAAGCGAAUCGCUGGCCAUCUCUUCCAGUGAGACACCAGCAGUCUUCACUCGACCUCAGGUCUUCCCUCUGCCUCUUUAGUUGGGAAAAUGAACCGCUGGAAACACCUGCUGUAGAUUCAGAUACUAUAAUGCAUGUGCAGAGUAGCUAUUACCUCAGUGUUCCUCAGUCUUUGAAAUGACACUACAGACCUCUCUAUCCCAGUGUUACGUGACUUUGUCCCUUCUGUCUUGUUGUAGAUUACCUGGUGACUUAACAUUGAGUGUGCAAUUUGACAUGUUACUUUUGCUUCCCCCUGUCCUUCCCUCACUGAAGCCUGGUGCUUGGCUCAAAUUCAAACUGUACUGUCAGUCCUUGCGGUCCUGUCCCUUCUGAGUCAGCAUUCUGGCAGUCAGGCCUGACUGGAUGUGUCCUUGAACGGCUUGCAGCAAGUACGAACAGUCAUGAUACAGAUGGGCUCGUGUGGCAUGAAACAUGUUUUGCGUUUGGGAAGUGUUGCAGUAUGUCUGAAGACAAGUCCCCAGUGUGAAAUGCUCUGACAGCUCUGUCCUAUGGGUCUCUCUUCUUUGAUUUCCUAUUCCACGUUUUCUCUCCUCUACUAUUGCAUUUCUGCUUUACAUUUGUGAAACUGACAUGAGAUGAUUGAAGGAAGAAUUGAACAUGAGUGUUCGUACAUAUUUUAAAAAUGGAAAUGAGUUUAAGAAUGUUACAAUGUCUGUUCUGGACAUUCACAGGCAGAUUUCUACAUGAUGUGACUGGAAGCUUUUGAUUGAGCAAAGGGCAAUAACUAUCUGAGACAUUACCGGUUUUCUUGUUUACUAAAUAAAAAGGGAUUAAAUAUUU